AUGAAAACGGCGGAAUUCUUUGCAGAGAAUGGCUACACUAGCCCAAUAGACGCCCUCAACACACCAGCGCAACAUACAUUCAAUGUGAAAGGCAAGACACAUAUCUUGGACAUAUUCGCACAGCGUGGGCAGACUCAGGGACUUGCCAGUAUGAUGGCUACAUGGAUGCUCGAUCGCCCGCAUUGGUCCGAUGACGACUUGGGGUUCUAUCCUGUGAAGCAGCGACUGAUACAAGGUGCGACUGGUGAAGAUGAUUCGGUCUUCCUCGUAGAUGUCGGAGGCAGCACAGGGCAUGAUCUGGAAAAGUUUCUCGUUCGACACCCAUUUGACAGCUUUCCAGGCCACCUGGUCCUGCAAGACCGAGCUGAGGUCAUCAAAUCGAUCCCUGAGAAUGGCUUGAAGUCUGGCAUUCGCGCGACCGCCCAUGACUUUUUCACCCCGCAACCGGUACAAGGGGCGAGGACAUAUUUUUUGCACAGUAUAAUCCAUGACUACCCGGACGACAGGGCGCGGUUGAUCCUGAAGCAUAUCGCCAGAGCAAUGAAGAAGGGGCACUCUAAACUUAUCUUGUGGGAUUUCGUGCUUCCAGAGAAGGCUGUUGCCUCAACCUUGUCAGCUCUUGAUUGGGAAAUGAUGUCCUUUUAUGCGGCUAGUGAGAGGUCAGAGAGUCAGUGGAAGACAUUGCUCGAAGAUCCCGAGAUCGGGCUGAAAGUCAAUGGAAUCUGGAGCUACAGUCAGUUUGACCAAAGUGUGAUUGAAGCAGAACUAGCUUGA